AUGAAUUUUUUCAAGUCCAUCUUCUCCGACGAACCCGAAUCGCCGCCGCUCGAAUCUCCACCGCCUCAAUCCGACGGCCCCGAUCCGCCGCGGAGCGACGACGUGUGGAGCUUUGGCGACCUCAUCCAAACCCUCGCCUUCAAAUCGGAAUCCGUCCUCGAGAACUACCGUCGCGAUUUCGAGGAAUUUGGCUCUGGCUUCAGGAAGGAGACGGCGGUGAUCCGCGAAGCCGCCUCACGCGCCGUCAAGGACCUCCCGGCGUCGCUUGAUGUUGGCGCGUCGGUGGCACAGGAGUCGCUCGAGUCCGUCGGUCAAGCCAUUGAUGACAUCGGCAGCACGGUUUGGAAUUCGACGGCGCAGAUUAUAUCUCGCGGUAGGGACUCUCUUCUAGCCUCUGAUUUCGAUUCCGAUUCUUUCGAUUCGAGCAAUUACGAUAGUAUCAAUAGCAAUGUCGGCAAUAAACUAUUGAGUGGUGGUAGCGUUGAUCGGGGUUUGGAUUUGAAACGGUAUAGUAGGUUUGAUACGCUGGUGCGUGCGCUUCAGUGUGAUGUGAAUACCUAUUUGGAGGAGCCUGAGGAUUUAGAGAAUUUCGAUGAGUGGAAAUUAGGGUUAGAGUUGGACAAGAAGGAGGAGGAGAUUAGGGAUUUGUUUGAAGAGAAUGGGGUUGUUGAGCAGAUUUAUGAGAAGGUUGUACCUAGUAGGACUGAUCAUGAGAGUUUCUGGAGCAGGUAUUUUUAUAGGCUGCAUAAGCUGAAGCAAGCCGAGGAUGCCAGAGCUAAGCUCGUAAAGCGUGCAAUUUCCGGGGAUGAGGAAGAGGAUUUGAGCUGGGAUUUUGAUGAUGAUGAAGAUGACAAUGAUGGGUAUGAGCCUAUAGGUAAUACCAGUAGGGUUUCAUUGUUGAAGGAGGGGAAUUCUGCUGAUGUUGUUUGUGUUGAGAAUGUUCAGGCUGGUAAGAAGGAUUUAGAGAUAGAGAAAGAGGAUGAUGGGAAGGGUGUUGAGAAUAUUCAAGCCGAGAAGAAGGCUUUGAAGACACAGGACGAGAAUGGUGGGAAGGGCGUUUCUCCUGAAUCCAAAACUGGUGUUGAUGAUAAGUUGGAGGAGGAGAAAUGUAAAGAAAAUGUGGCAUCUAAUGUUCCUGAGAAUGAAAGUGGCAGUCGGGAUAUGUUGGAUGCUAAAUGUGAAGAGAAAGAGGCAUCAGAAGGAAAGGGAGAUAAUGAUAACAAUGGAUCGUGCAAAGAUAGUGAUAUUUCAAUUGUUUCAAGCCAGCCUUCAAUGCCUGGGGAAGAAGACAUGGGCUGGGAUGAAAUUGAGGAUAUUGAAAGCAGUGAUGAGAAUAAAGGGGAUGCUGUUGGGUCCGCAAGUAGGAUUGAUUUGCGGAAGAGGUUGACUGUGGCAGACCAAGAUGAGGAGGAUCUUAGUUGGGACAUUGAAGAUGAAGAGGAUGCAGUCAAAUCAUGA